AUUUAAGUAUCCGCUAAAGACAUCAGUGAGAGAGUUGUCAGUCUGUGUUUCCUUUCCUUUCCUGUGUGUCCAUACUCGGUUGUGAAUUGUAUAGCUGCCUGGCUGGAUGACCUACUUUUUCCUAGUUGCUAGUUGUCUGUUUAGCGCACAUCAGCCCGGCGAACCGGGAUCUGCCUACAGAAGGAUGGUCGAGUAGUAAAGAGAAAGAGAGAGAGAACGAGGGGGAAAAAAACUUACACCGAACACCGUUCCACUCGCCAACAACACACACACGCAAUCGGGAUCGCCUGGCUGGGAAAUACGCUUAACCCAAGAGUUGUUUUUCAGCAAAAUUCAGUGGUUCAUUUAAUUGUAAAGAAAAAAAAAAAGUCUGGCUUAUAACGGCUUGAUUUGUACAAUACUGCGCUGCGUUUUUGGGAUAGGAGAAGCAUCCAUGGACUUCUUUAAUAAACAGCACAGAGCGGCUGCAAACUGCUACGAGUUCCUCUUUUAAAGAUCCUGAUCUAUAUUGGAAAAGGUGAAAGGAAGGGAUCGUUUCAGACUUCGAGAGAAACGUAGGCAGGAAGCCUGAAUGGAAACAGGAAGACUUCACAGAGGGCUGCUACGGGAGUGGCAGUGAGCAUGGAAAACCUUGCAGAGUUUGGGAGCUGCUGUCCAUCCAGAGGGAGAGAAUGGGACUCCAGCAGCUGUGUCGAUGACCUGAUGGAUGAAGAUGAGAAGGACAGGGCAAAGAGGGCAUCACGCAACAAAUCUGAGAAGAAGAGACGAGACCAGUUCAAUGUGCUCAUCAAGGAGCUCUGCACCAUGCUCCAGGGUCAGGGUCACCCGCGCAAGAUGGACAAGUCAACCAUCCUUCAGCGGACCAUUGACUUCCUCCAAAAGCAGAAAGAAAUCACAGCGCAGACCGAGUCGUGUGAGAUCAAGCAGGACUGGAAGCCGUCGUUCCUCAGUAAUGAGGAGUUCACCCAGCUGAUGUUGGAGGCUUUGGAUGGUUUUCUUAUAGCGCUUACUACAGAUGGAAACAUUAUAUAUGUAUCCGACAGUGUUUCCUCACUCAUUGGGCAAUUACCGUCAGAUAUGGUGGACCAAAACAUCUUGAACUUUCUUCCUGAUCUUGAACACGGGGAGGUGUACAAGCUGCUAUCGUCACACGUGCUCCUGACAGACCCCAUCGCUGCCGAUUUCCUGGAACAUGAGACCCAUAUUGAAUUCUUCUGUCAUUUAGCCAGAGGAAGCAUCGACCCAAAGGAACACACUACAUAUGAACAUGUGAAAUUCAUAGGAGAUUUUAAAUACCACAACUAUGUGCCUGCAUCCUCUUGUAACGGCUUCGAGCUGGGAAUAGCAAGAACAAUCCGCUCAUCUGCUGAAGAGCAGGUUUGCCUUGUCGCCACUGUCCGCUUGGUCACGCCUCCCUUUUUAAAGGAUAUGUGCAAUGUUGAAGAGCCCUGUGAUGAAUUCACAUCACGGCACAGUUUAGAAUGGAAAUUCCUAUUUCUAGACCACAGGGCCUCUCCCAUUAUAGGUUACUUACCCUUCGAGGUUCUGGGCACCUCUGGCUAUGAUUACUAUCAUGUUGAUGACCUGGAGCUUCUCGCUCGGUGCCACGAACAGUUGAUGCAGUUCGGGAAGGGAAAGUCCUGCUAUUACCGCUUCCUCACCAAAGGUCAGCAGUGGAUUUGGAUGCAGACUCAUUACUACAUCACCUAUCACCAGUGGAACUCCAAGCCAGAGUUCAUAGUGUGCACGCACACUGUGGUCAGCUAUGCGGAGGUCCGGGCGGAGCGCAGGAGAGAGCUGGGUCUUGAGGAGACAGCAUCAGAAAUGGCUUCCUCCUUCAUUAAGAGUCACGAGGUGUACGUGGAUAUCCGGCAGUGUGGGAACACACAGAAAGCACCCAGGGAGACUCACAGGGAGAAGCUGGGGGUCAGUCAGACUCGCUCGGUGUCGUCGCCCAGCUCACGCAAGUCCUCGCACACCGCCAUCUCAGACUCUGCAUCAAACUCCUCUCUCGGGUUCACAGAAACAGCCACCCCGUCCUAUCAGUCUGUGUCCCUGGGGCCGGACACGGCCGCCUCCCGAAUACAGGCCAGCAGCUCCCAGGCUUUGCUGUCGCCUCAGAACCCCUCUGAUCUGCAUCCCCAGCAGCACCCACCCCCAUCCUCCUGCAGCCAGCUCCCAGUCAUGCCCGUGUUCCAGUUUCCUGCGCCGCUGGGGGUGAUGCAUCAGCUGAAGGAGCAGUUGGAGGAGCGCACACGGAUUCUGCAGGCUGACAUCAAGACCCAGCAGCAGGAGCUGCACGACAUCAAGGAGCAGCUGCAGCUGGUGCAGGACUCCAAUCUGCAGAUGUUUAUGCAGCCACCUGCCCCUUUGAGUUUUAGCACUGUACAGCACCAAGGCCCAGGAAGGCCCGCUCAUCAGCAGCAGUCUGGAGUUGUCAGGCAGGCCCAGGGCUUAUCCAAGCAGCCCCCUGCCCUGAUGGGAUCGGAGCAGUACUGCGGCCCACACAGCUCCUCCCCUCACACGCUCACACUGAGGGAGUCCAGCACAGCGUCGCCGCAGGUCCAGCACAGAGUGAUGCUGCAGCACGCCAGCAUGCCAGGACAGACACAUGCCAGCCUGGCCAUGCCUCUCUACAGCAACCCCAUGAUGUUUUCACAGACCAACCCCCGGCCAGGACAGAUCUCGGGGACCCAGGACGUGGGCCAGAGGCACAGCGAGUCAGACUUUAACCAGGAAACACAGUUACGUGUGCUCCUGAAUCAGCCGCUGCAGCCCGCGGUGUCAGAGAGCAGCGGAAGCGGGCAGUCCUACCAGUGCAGCUGUGCCAUACAGCAGACCAAAUACGCCCCGGAUCAGCAGAUGACGGCCCCCUCAUUACCUAUGCAGCCAAUGAGCUGCAGCGCUCUCAUAGUGCCGUCUCCAGCGUUCACAUCGCCUAUCAUGAUUCCACAGAACAGCUUUCUCACACACCAGACCCAGCCCGUCUACCAGCAGCAGCCCCAAGCAGCACAGCACACACUGCAGCUGCAGCAGCACCAUCACUUCUUUCAGAUGCAGCCCCCUGGAUCUCUUCAGAGUGGACCGCACCCCCAGCAACAGAGCACCAUGACAUACCUCCAGCAGCAGCCCCAACAGCAGCAGCUGCUUCCCCAGAAUCAGACCAGCAGCCUGCCGCGCCCCCGGUAGCCCCGGCCCCGGGGGUGGGAAGCAUGCCGAGGAGGAAGGUCAGCCCUUGGCGGAAGCAUUCCUUUGUGUAGGGCUGCAGUACUGACCCCAGUCACUAGAUGGAGCAGAGGAACCUGUCUUAGGUGGCCUUACAACGGUAGAAGUUAAGAAGGGGGGGUUGCAGCCCUGUGGCCAGUGAAGUGCUUCGGUCCGUCAUAUAGCCGUGCUAGUGUCAGUGCAGUAUGGGAGAGCUAGCUUUAUUCUUCAGCUUCGUGGGACUUUAAUAUAUACAGAAAUGCCACUGCUGCAUAGUCUCAGGCAAGCAUGAGUGCUACUAUAAAUGUUACAGCAGAGUUCUCUGUGAUAGCCAGACAGUGUGAAGGGCCCGGGCACUUCAUUUCAAUGAAAGACUGCAGGGUUAUUGAGCCUAUAGAAAAAACCUGUUGCAUCAAAGACUGAGCCGAGCACUCGCCUGACCCUCAGAGAGCUGGUAUGGAUGAACGGCUCAGACAAUCCCCCUUUCACGGUUAUGUAUUCACAGGACGGAGUUAUACAUUAUCAGCUUGUUUGCAGAGCUGACUGAACUUCGCAGGGGGAGGGGUUAUUGAUGUCACAAUGCGUGCUUCUAUACCUCGUGUUGUUGGCUUGCCCCAGACGUGUAGAACAUUUUCCAUUUUCACAGCAGCCAGGCACAACAUUGAGAGGGCUUGUCUUUCUUACACUGCUGGACUGUUCAGUGCCAUUGCUGAGGCUCUUUGUUGUUUUUUUUUGUCUCGGUGUGUCGGAUAAAGAUUUUUUAAAUGUAUCAUUGUUAGUAGUAGUAGUGGUAUUCUUUUUUUUUUUUUUUUAAACAAGUCAUAUUAUAAAUACUGCUCAGGUAAAAUACAGUUACUCUGUUGACUGUUUCACUGACAUAUGGCUUGUACUGGAGAAAGUUCAUUCUAGCUGAAAGGAUGAUUUUGUAAAGAAGUCUCCCUUAGCUUGUGGGUGUGCUGUAUGUGUUCAAGCUCAGCUCUGACAAGGUUAUCUAGUGGCUAGAAGCACUGUGAUGAAAACCAACACUGCCGUUCAAUAGUGGCUAGAAGCACUGUGAUGAAAACCAACACUGCCUUCCUCAAGGUUCUCCAGUGGCAAGAAGCACAGUGAUGAAAACCAACACUGCAGUUCUCUCACUUCUCCCAGCCCUAGUCAGUGCCUCCUUGAGGGAACAACGGGUAAAACAGGUGAAACAGCAUGCUGAGUUUAUUUAUUGAAAUGAUUGUGGCUUACUGAAUCAGGAAAGUCCUCACUGCAGUGAUAAUUGCGUCCUGGACUGUGUGCAGAUGAGGUAGAGAAGAAGUCACUACCAAUAUGUUUGCGCGUUUGUUAUUGUAUAUAACAUAGGCAGAGUGAUUCACCCAUGUUGUUAUGUGAUUGUGGGACCGUUCUGUAACCAUGCCAACCCAGAACACUUCUCCAGAUUCCAGAUACCUUGACCCAGUUCUGUUUGAAGUGCUCUCAGUAAUACCCUGCCUGUCUCUGCAAAGGCUCUGCGCCUCAAGCUCUCCUUUCUCUCUAUUUGGCUUUUAUUCCUCUCACUGAAAGACAAACAUCUGCCUUUAAAGGAUGUAUUCAGCAGUAGAAGAAAUUAAGAAAUGCUACCCAGCAUAUAGUAUUGUUUUGUUUCAUGCCAAAGUAUUUUUAAACUUCAGUUUUCAUCUAAUUAGUGCCUGAAAGCUGAUUUCAUUUCUCGCAGCAUACAUGAGAGCUCACCAGCACCACGUCGGGGUGCAGCAACCUAAUCCCUCCCCUUUAAUCUUCAACCUUUUGCAUGAGAAAGCUGGACAGGGACAAAAAAAUGUUAUCCAGGGGACCCUUUUUGACUGCUGCACCUCGCCAAUGCGGGUAAUCUCUCUCAUUUACUGCAGUUAAUCAUUCACUAAUUAGCUGGCACAUCCAUUCCAGUGCUUACGUUGCACUGCUUGCUGAAUAGGCUGAAGGUGUCUCUUCGUUAUUUUUACUUCCUGUCACGUGAUGCAUUGUUAGCAGGAACGCGGUUAUAACGCUCCGGGACAGUUCAAUUGGAUUGGCUCACCAGAAGCAUAUGCCCUGCAGGCUAUGGUAAUGAAAUCAGAUAAGCGCCCAUUAGAAGAAAACAGAGCUCCCAACAACAGGACUGUACUCAUUGCACACUAAUAAUGCAUCAGUGGAUGUUAUGCUUUACAUUUGCAUUUAAAAAAUGAACUGCUUUGAGAGUUGAAGGGGAUCCAACUUGCUGAUAACUGUCUGCCAAGCCAGAGCCACAGCCAUGUAUCACAUUUAGUGGCCUCAGUUACCCAUUUCAAAAAACCUUCUGUAUUAAAUGGUGUAGCAUGCAGGUGAGUUGCACUGCUGAAGUUUGAAAUAAAAACUACAAUAUACAGUAAAAGGGGCCUGCUUGAAUCUAACUGGCUUCUUGAAAUCAUUUUUAAAGAGCCACUGCUGACCUUUUCAGAAAAACAUAACAAUUCUCAAAAUUAAAAUGGAAAAUUAUUUUAGCCACUACAAGUUUUGUACACUUGUAUUUUUUUUUUUUUUUUUAGGUGUUCUGUUUUUCUCUCUUCUUUGGAGCAGUCAGACUUGCUGGAAUAACCCAGCAUUGCUGUGACAUCAAGUUGUCAGAACAGUUUGUCAAUGUAACUGAGUUCAAGUCAUUUCUGUUGUUUAGUGUGUGAGAUGUCAGUCUUGUGGAAUGUAAUACUGUACUGUUAGACUUUCACGCCCCACGGGGUCUCAUCACUGGUCCUGGGACUGUCUCUUCACUGUAUUUCUUAUCACUCGGUGGGAUAUACUGUUUUAUAUACUUGAUAAACUGUGAUGUUUAACUUUAAUUAUAAU